CUGAUAUUUCAGCGUCAUCCUGAAUAGGUGCGGACCACCUUCUUCCUCUGCAGCUCUACACACUAAACUGCACCCAGGACGCCUCGAAUGGCCUGACAAACGCAUUUAAAACCCCCCACGCUUUAUUCACAUCACACACACACACACACACACACACACACAGUUCAUACAGUGACAGCAUCUGAUCUCACACUCCUUCAUUCAUACAGUGUCAGCAUCUACUCUCACACUCCUUCACAAUCCCAAACUGAUAAUGCCGCCACCGUCACCAUCCCUUCAGUUAAUAACCACCCAACACAGACUCGAAAUGAAAAAACUUCCCAAAUUGAGUUUGAUCUCUGUUUCUUCUUAAACGCAGAAGCAGAAGAAUCACACACUACUGCACACAAUUACCUGACUUGUUCCAUCACAUGCAGGUCUUCUUUUUCUCUCAAUUUAGGAGAUGACCCCAGAAGUUACAAUGGCAGAAGAAGAAGAAGAAGAAGAGUAUGAGUUAAAGAACCUUGCAUCUUCGUAUAUCGGUAUUAGCUUCUCAUUGUUUCUGGCCUUUCUUCCGAAGAAUUUGCUCCCUCUAUUUCAAAAAUUUGGGUCUCAGCUUAAAGAGCUUUCUGCAAAGCUCUUUCAAGCGGAAGAGCAGCUGAAGCAAAUGAAGUCGAGGAGGCAAGAAGACUCGAAGGCCAACGCGAGGGUCGUCGAGAUUUUCGCCGGCCACCGCAACGCGUGGCAGGCGGAGGAGAAGCGGUUGCUUCACCAAAUCGACGCAUGUUCAGAGGAAAUCGCGUAUUUGAGAGCUAGGGUUGAAGAAUUCGAGAAAUGCGAGGUCGAAUGGAAGGCUAGGAUCGAGGAUCUGGAGAGGGUUGUGAGAGAGAAGGAGGAAAUGCUUAACUUGAUAUCAAGAAGGGAACAAGAAGAGGAUGAGGAAUCAGGUGAGUGCGAGGGCAGGGACUAUGGUGGAGGUGCAGAGAAAGUGGAGGUUAUUUAUGAACAGAUUCAACAAUAUCAGAAAAAAGAGAAACAAUUUGAGUCUGAGUUUCUGACCUCUGCUUCAAAGUACUGGGCAGAAAGAGGCGCCCUUUGGCAGGAUGUACAGCAUGAAUCCCUUGAAUCAACAUAUGAUAUGAAGCAUUUUGUUGGGAGGGAAUCUCCUUGGAAGGUAGAUGGUGAUUCAGCUGGAGUUUACUCUAAACUCAAAUUACUAGAGGAGGAACUACUGAGUCUGGAGAAGAUUGGUAAAUGUGAUCUAUCAAAAGUGCCAUCAUUAACAAGGAAACAGGCAAAGAGAUAUCACACUCUUGCAGAAAAGAUUGACGAUUUAUGUAGACGAAUAGCAAGCGAUCAUUCUGAACCUGCACUCAGCUCAGAAUUUCAAAUGCAAAGGCAAACUGAGCUUUUACUCGAGGCAUUCCGGCUGCAACAGCAAGCGUCCGAAGCAGGGCAGAAGCUGAUGGCACUGCAAACUGAAACUGGGAAGAGUUAUGGCCGGGAUGAGCUCAUAACACCAACCACAAGAAGGGCCAUGGAUUCCAUAAAGAACAACAUGAAGGAGAUACAGAGAAAUCUGGAGAUAUGGCUGGCCAGAAUUAUUGGAGAUCUUGAGGGGAUUCUGGCAAGGGAUGUUGCUUCUCGUAUGAGAGACUGUUAUACUUCAAGAUAUCCUUUCAUUCAAUAGAAUCCCAAAAGCAUUGUGGCAAUGAUAUAAAGGAUUUAUCAUUUAUGUCCA